UUACGAAUUAUAUGAAAUUCAUGUAGCAUUAACAAGGGUUAUGCGAAAAAAUAAAAUUGCUUUUAAAAUAAUGGCUGAUACCAAUUUCGAUCAAAUAUCUGAUCCAGGAAAUGAUAACAGCAUAACUGAUACAUCAACAGUGUCGGGUACAACUGGUCCCAUGAGUGAAUCAGAUGCAUCCAUUCAUAGUGAGAGCGGUAGUCCAAGUCAUUCAGAUGGCGGUGUUACAAGUACAAGUCAUAGUUCAAGUUGUUCAGCUAGUGGUGUCCAGGUAGUUUGGAAUUCAAAUGAUAUUCCAACAUGUGUAUCACCAAUGGCUCAUUCAACAACAACAUAUGAUCAUCAACAUGGAGAUCGCGGUGACCAUGAAAAAGAUUAUGCAGCAUCAACACCAGCUGGUGCAAACAUAAAAAACACUAACUUUAAUUGCAAUGAUUCAACAUCAACAACAAAUGUGAAUACGAUCAAUAAUCCAAGUUUACGUGUUGGUCAAACUACUGUUUUACCAUGGGGUGCACAAAAAGAACGAUCCGCACAUCCAGCUGGUUGUUAUGUUAAUAUUGAUAUGGAUAUUAGACCUGGAGAGUUUGUUAUGCGAACCUUAUUUGCUGAUUUUACUAUACAAGCUGAAAGAAAAAUGGAAGCUGUUAUGGCAGAGCCAUUGGAGAAGCCAUUGUCAAAAGUAUUACAACGUGGCGAAGAUGCACAAUUUGAUCAAUUAUUAAGUGCAUUUGGUUCUGUUGCUGAACAUUGUUUACCGUCUUUAUUACGUGCAUUAUUCGCAUGGUAUGAACGUCAAAUGGCUGAAGGUGGUGCAAUAGAACAAAAAAAAGUUGAUCAAAAGAACAAAAGUAUUAUGUACAUAGUUUCGGGUGGCAGUGCUGUUGAAACAGUUGAACGUAGUGAAGCUGACAUACAACAAGAACGUCGUGAUUUAGCAGUUGAAUUUAUAUUUUGUUUGGUAUUAAUUGAGGUAUUAAAACAAUUAUCAUUUCAUCCGGGUCAUGAAGAUCUUGUCAACUACAUUGAGAAUAUUGCAUUUAAACAUUUUAAAUAUCGAGAAGGUCAACACCUCACAUCUGGUUCAGGUGUUGCUAAUAAUGCGACCAAUAUACAUAUAAUUGCUGAUCUAUAUGCAGAAGUAAUUGGAGCUUUGGCACAAUCACGUUUCAUGUCCGUUCGCAAACGAUUCAUGAAUGAAUUAAAAGAAUUAAGGGGGAAAGAACCGAGUCCUCAUACAACACAAAGUAUUAUAUCUUUAUUGAUGGGUAUGAAAUUUUUUCGAGUUAAAAUGGUACCCAUUGAAGAAUUUGAAGCAUCAUUUCAAUUUAUGCAAGAGGCUGCACAAUAUUUUCUAGAAGUUAAAGAUAAAGAUAUUAAACAUGCCUUAGCGGGAUUGUUUGUUGAAAUUUUGGUUCCUGUUGCUGCGACUGUUAAAAAUGAAGUAAAUGUUCCAUGUUUAAAGAAUUUCGUUGAAAUGUUAUAUUCACAAACAUUGGAUGCUAGCACUAAAUCCAAACAUCGAUUGGCCUUAUUUCCAUUGGUUACCUGUUUGUUAUGUGUUAGUCAAAAAACAUUCUUUCUACAGAAUUGGCAUUAUUUUUUAGCUAUGUGUUUAUCACAUUUGAAAAAUCGUGAUCCAAAGAUGUGCCGUGUUGCAUUAGAAUCUUUGUACAGAUUACUAUGGGUGUACAUGAUACGAAUCAAAUGUGAAAGUAAUUCUGCAACACAAUCCCGUCUACAAAGCAUUGUGAAUUCCUUAUUUCCAAAAGGUUCGAAAGCUGUGGUACCACGUGAUACACCAUUGAAUAUAUUUGUUAAAAUCAUUCAAUUCAUUGCACAGGAACGAUUAGAUUUUGCAAUGCGUGAAAUUGUUUUUGAUUUAUUAUCAGUGGGACGACCAAUUAAAAUGAUUUUAACACCAGAACGUAUGAGUAUUGGUUUACGUGCAUUUCUUGUAGUCGCUGAUAGUUUACAACAAAAGGAAGGUGAACCACCAAUGCCACGUACAAUGGGUGUAUUACCAUCAGGUAACACAUUACGUGUUAAAAAAACAUUCUUAAAUAAAAUGUUAACAGAGGAUACAGCACGUAGUAUUGGCAUGAGUCCAUAUUUCCCUCAUGUGCGUCGUGUAUUUGUGGAUAUUUUACGUGCAUUGGAUGUACAUUAUGGUCGUCCGCUAAUGAUGACAAGCACACAGAAUGUAAAUAAAGAACCAGAUGAAAUGAUAACGGGUGAACGUAAACCACGCAUUGAUUUAUUCCGAACAUGUGUUGCGGCUGUGCCACGAUUAAUACCAGAUGGUAUGACUGGUAAUGAAUUAGUUGAUUUAUUAUCACGUUUAACUGUACAUAUGGACGAAGAAUUACGGGCUCUUGCUUAUCAAAGUUUGCAAACCCUAGUUAUUGAUUUCCCCGAUUGGCGACAAGACGUAUUGUGGGGAUUUACUCAAUUUUUAGCGCGUGAUGUACUAGAUACGUUUCCGUCACUAGUCGAUCAAGGUUUACGCAUGCUUUUGCAAUUAUUAAAUAGUUGGAAACUUGCGUUAAUUGCUCCAACAACAUCAUCUUCAUCAUCCUCGUCAGGCACGAAUAAUUCGUCGGCAACAGCUACAUCAGUAGGCCCAACAAUGUUCCAUACAAAAUACAAUAAAGAUAGUCCAAAUGUUGUGGGGGUUAAAAAAUUAGAACAAAAAGUAGAACCAACAAUUUCAUCAGUUUUACAUUUAGUUGAAGCAUUCGCUUUAGUGAUGUUAUGUAAUUGUCGUUUAAAUCCACGUCGAAUUGCUGCACAAAUAUUACGAGAAGCAAAAACAUUAUUUAAACAAUUAGGGUGCACAAAUCAUGAUGGUGGUGAACCCGUAAUUGAUGUUAUUGAUCGAUGUUUACCAACAGUUAUGGAAUCAGUUAUACCAAUAUUACCUCCUAGUGAGAAAUCAGCAGCUCUAGCUGUAUCAAAUAUUGAUCUUCAAUGGAUUGCUGAACGUAGUUCGUGUGUGUGGACUGCUGGUUUACAUGAUGAAAGUGCAACAACAACUAAAACAAAUUCAACAUUAAAUUUGUACACAAUCGAUCCAUGGGCCAUCUGUUUAUUUGGUUUCUUAGAACGUGCACGUGUAUUAACAUGUUGUCCAGCAACUAUUACACAUUCAUGGCCAAUUGUUUUUGGUCGUGUUCAUUCGUUAUUCACAGUUAUUGAUCCAACACCUGUUGAUGGUAAUCGUGCAUCAUUAUUAAGAAGUUCCACAGCUGUACGUAAACCAGUGAAUGAACGUGAUAUAUAUUUACAUGUUUGGAAGAAUUAUGUAACAUUUGCAUUUCGUGUGGUACCACCAGUUCCUAGUCCUGUAGUUCGAUGUGCAUCACCUGACUUAAGUUUAAGUAUAACAUCAACGUCAGGUGGGGCAAGAGCCUCAACAUUGGAAUUGAUUGGUGCUGGUGGUGAUUUAAGUCAAUCAUUAGAAAGUCUUGAUCAGGUACCGCACUUUUUACAAGGUUUAGGUACCACUGGUCGAUUUACGUUACCAUUAUCGGCUAUCAGGAGACACCAGAAACGUAGCACCAGCUCAUCACCAGAUAGUUUAAGUGCAGAACGUAAUGAUAAUAAAUCACCAGGAGGUGGUUAUGUCUCACCAACAGCAUUAUAUAAAUUAGUCGUGCCUUUAUUACGCUGUGAAACAGUUGAUGUAAGAGAUGUUGUUGUAUAUGCACUUGGUAAAGUGAAUGCCGAAGCACUAAAAGACUUAAUGGAAGAAUUGGUGAUAUAUAUUCGUGAAGCUGUUGAUCGUAAACAAGAAAAUGUACGUAGGCGACGUCGACGUGAUGCAUUACGUUUACAAUUAGUACGGGUAUUAGAAUUAAUCGCUGAAUAUGGUACAUUUGGUAUAUCAAGUGCCUCAGUAUUAGAUCGUGAUACACAAUCAUUACAUCAAACUUUUGUUGAAUAUAUGGAUGGUGCACGAUUAUUUUUGGAAAGUGAGCCAGAUAAAGAAACAUCUAUUGUUAAAGAAAUUACAUUACAUUUUUGUAAUUUUAUCCGAAAAAUGAUUAAAAGUUUUUCAUUAGAAACAUGUACAACAUUAUUAAAACGUGAUCUAAAACGAAAUUUAUUCACGUUAUUUACAACAUGGGCAGAACCAUAUGGUCUAAAAUUAAAUGAAAGUGGUCUUGUGACAAGUAGCAGUGGUGGCAACAAUGCAACUGGUAGCGGUGGUAUGACUAGUGGUAGUGGUAAUACAACUAGUGGUGGUGCUGGUGCGAAUAUAAACAGUACAAGCACUUCUUCAAACAUGAACAGUGAUCAUCAUCACCACCAUCAUCAUCAUUAUGAACAACAACAAGCAACAUGUACUGAAUUACAAUUGGCAGCGUUACAAGCAAUGAGUGCUUUGUUAUGUUGUGGUAGAUGCUUUAAUACAAAUGGUUUAGCUGAAGAUGGUAUGUUUUAUCCGUGGUUGGAUAUGUUAUUAGCAUCAAAUAAUGAACAGAUUUAUAAUGUUGGACGGGAAACAGUGAUAUUAUUAUUAGAAUGUAAUCCAGAUAUUGGACCAUUACUAGAUUGGGUUGUUGAUCGAUGUUAUACUGGAACAGCACAAGUAGCUGACGGUUGCUUUUUAGCAUUAGCAACAAUAUUCAGUGCAAGGGAAUAUCCAUGUGAUCAUUACACGGCUAUUAUAAAUGUAACAUUAAUGAAUACAGGAUGUCCACGUACAAAUGUGCAUGAUAUUGCAUUACAAUUAUUACAAAUAUUAGAUAAACGAUUUUUUGGUUCAAUACAUCCAAUACCAACAACCGAUUCAACUAUUGAGUUAAACAAUACUGUUAUCACCAGUCAGGGACAAGUAACACAAGAUCAUCGAAAUAGCACAACUAGUGGUGUUAUUAAUAAAACAAUGAUUCAACAACAACUGCAAUCACGUGGUACUUUGGAUGCAUUAUUGUCAACCACAUAUAGUCGUUCACAGAUGUAUUUAUCAAGACAAUUAGCCCAAUUACAUCCAGAUUUAACGAUGCCUAUGUUCUCAGAAAUUACACAUCGAUUUCAAACGGCACGACCAGAAGUUCGACAACUUUUAUUACAAUAUAUACUACCAUGGUUACAUAAUAUGGAAUUAGUUGAUCCAAAUGUUCCACCGGCAAAUCCAUUAUCAUAUUUCCAACAAUAUUAUUCAAACGACUUAGUUGGUCGUACUCCUGUUGAUAAUAAUCGUCGUGAUGGAUGGGGUUCUGUAGAAGCAACCGAAAUGGUAUUAAAUAAUUUAUUUUAUAUAACAGCAAAGUUUGCGGAUCAACAUCCACAAGAAGUUGAAGAAUGUUGGGCAACUUUAUGUAGUUGUUGGCCAAAUAAUUUAAAAGUCAUUAUACGUUAUUUAAUUAUUGUAUCUGGCAUGGCACCUCAUGAGCUAUUACCUUAUGCAAAACGUGUUGUAUUAUAUUUAGUACGUUCUCGACCAGAUCGUUUGUUAGAUGAAAUGAUGUGUGAGUUACAAACCGUAGAAACAUUAAAUUGUUUAAUUGAACGUACUGAAACACCACCAUUUUAUCGUUUAACAUCAAUGCGUAAAGCGUCCAGUCAUUCAGACGGUACUGGUGGUCCAAAUGGACCUGGUGGCCACAGUGGUAAUGGUAAUGGAGUUGGAGCAAAUGGUGGACACAUUAGUGGUGACUCACAAUCUCGAACAGAUUUAGCAAUUGAAAAGGGUACAAUUCAUACAAAACGGCAUAGUGGUGAAGAUCCAAUUAAAGCUGGGACAUCAAAAUCAGAUACAGCAUUACGAACCCUAGCUGGUUUUCAAUCAAAUCCAAUGAAUUGUGGUGCAAGUGGUCCUGGUGGUAAUAAUACAAAUACAAAUCAACAAACACGCACGGAGAAAACACGAACAUCAAGUGGACCACCACAGUUAGUAUCAGACGAUCAAGCACUUAGUGGUUCAACAAUUAGUGGCACAACCGGUGGUGGUAGUAAUAAUAUGAUAACAACUCCAACAACAAUCGCUGAUAAUGAACUGUUAAAUCAAAUUGAUGAGGGUGGUCGUAGCAUGAUUGGUGGAUUACAACAACAAACGUGUAAUAAUGAUAAUAAUAUGACAAAUACAAUUCAACCUCAUCCAUUACCAAUGCCAGAAUAUGGUGGUUAUUUUGCACCUUUAACUGAAUAUUUACCAGAUAGUUCACAACCAAUAUCCGGCUUUCAUAGAUGCAAUGUUGCAGUAAUGUUAUUGACAGAUGUUGUAACAGAUGGUGUACCAGAAAUAGAUUGGUCAAUUCAUAUACCAUUAAUGUUACAUAUAUUAUUCUUAGGAAUGGAUCAUACAAGACAACUAGUCCAUGAACAUUGUCGUCAAUUAUUAUUAGGUUUAUUAAUUGUAUUAGCUGAUCAUCAAGAUCAUCUUACUGUUGCACAUUUAUUAUUAAAUAAUCAAACAGAACAAUUAGGUUUUGGUAUUAUUACACCACAGUUAAAUAUUUUUCAACAUAUAUUCACAGAAUUGGAACCAGAAUUCGAUAGCUAUUUAACUGGCGGCUCGAUAGUACCAUUUGGAUCUGCUGGUGUUAAUAAUAACUUAACAAAUAAUGAAGCAAAUAAAACAAACAAUCAAGUGACAACACCAACAACAACAGUACCAACCACAAAUGUUCCAGUAAUUGUUACAACCACUACAGGUAGCAGUGGCGCAACAACAGAAACAAAUACCAGUGACGCGGCGGCGUUGUUACAACAACAAUCUGACAAUAAUAUAGAUGAUAAUAGAUCAUCCUGUACCGUAACAGCAACAAACAAUCAACAACGUAUAGAACCAGGACCAAAUAUGUCCAUUCAAGAUGUAAUCAAAUCGUUAAUACAUUUCUUGGCAACUCGUGAAAAUCAACCACCAUUAUGGAAUUAUGAAGAUAUCACAGCAAAAGUAUGGUCAAUACGAAGCGCUGAUCAAUUAGAUAUCUUUUUACAACAUGUACUUCGUGUAUUUCGUGAAUCAUUACCGCAUGCGUUGAUAAGUGAACGUUGGGCUCAAACCGCGCUACAAUUAGGUUUAUCGUGUUCAUCGCGACAUUAUGCUGGACGUUCGUUACAAGUAUUUCGUGCAUUACGGGUACCAAUUACAUCACGUAUGUUAUCUGAUAUUUUAUCACGUUUAGUUGAAACGGUCGCUGAACAAGGUGAAGAUAUGCAAGGUUACGUUACUGAAUUAUUAUUAACCUUAGAAGCGGCUGUUGAUUCCUUAGAAAGUGAUUUCCGUCCAUUAGAUUUUAUGAAAGAAAUAUUUAAAUCAACACCAAAUUUAAAUAAUAAAGAUGGUAUUUUAAAACAACGUUCACCGGGAGGUGGUCUAGGUUGUGGAGGUCCUACUGGUGGUGUUGGAGGAGGUAAUUUAAUGAAUAUGAAUGUAUCAAGCAACGCACAGUGUACACAUGCGAGAAGUACAAGUUAUUCUGUUUCGUAUUGUAUGCGUAAUGCAAGUAAAACACCACCACAUAUGGGUGGUGUACGUUCAUCAUGUUUACACGACGAACGUUCAAACGAGAUGAGUGGGCAUCAUUAUAGACAUCGUAUUGACCAUCACAUGGAUGUAUUAGAAUCGUAUGGAAGGAGUAACAACAAAAUUAUAUCAUCAUCAAAUUUAUCUAGAUCCAGAUCGGCACAAUCAUUAAAAUUGUUGGGUGAUUCAACAACAUUGUCUGGAGCAUCAUCAACGGCUGAUGAUAAAAUGACUAUUUUAGCACAAUUAUUUUGGUUAUCAGUAUCGUUGUUGGAAUCCGAUUAUGAGCAUGAAUUUUUAUUAGCAUUACGUUUAUUAAGUCGUGUUAUGCAUCGUUUGCCAUUGGAUCGACCCGAUGCACGUGAUAAAGUUGAUAAGUUACAGUCACAAUUACGUUGGAGUAAUUUUCCGGGAGUACAUGCUUUGUUAUUGAAGGGCUGUACUCAUCCAAAUAUAUAUGAACCAGUGGUGACAUUACUAUCACAAUUCACACCAUUAUUGGAUUUAACAGUUGUUGAUCCCACACAAAGUAUUGCAUUCCCAAUGAAUGUGAUUGCAUUGUUACCAUAUAUGUUACUCAAUUACGAGGAUGCAAAUGAAUUAUGUAUACGUAGUGCAGAGAAUAUAGCACAAGUGAGCGGUGAAAAGAGUAAAAAAUUAGAAAAUUUAGGUACAGUUAUGACAUUGUAUAGUCGACGUAAUUUCAGUAAAGAAAGUUUUCAAUGGACAAAAUGUGUUGUAAAAUAUUUACAUGAUACAUACGCACAUUUAAGUUUUAAUAUGUUGGCAUUUUUGGUGGAAGUUUUAGAAAAAGGACCAACUUGUACACAAUUAUCAAUUUUAUCAAUAAUACAUUGUAUGUUACAUUAUGUUGAUUUACAAUCGCAAUCACAACCGAUUAACAUUACAAUUGAUUUGCUACGUGUCGUUGCCAAAUAUUUAGAUGGUUCACAUUGGAAAGAAGCAUUAAAAAUAUUAAAAUUAGUUGUAACACGUUCAUCUAGUUUAGUUGCACCAUCAAUAACAAAUACAUAUUGGGGUAAUAAUGAUUCGUCGUCGUUAUCAUCUACAACCACUAGUACUACUAAUACUAGUGGUAGUAGUACUAUUACUGGUAGCGGAGGUGGUUUAACUUCACUAAUAUCACAUCAUCCACCACAUCCAUCAUUCAGCGAAACUGAAAUAUUUAUGAAAAAGGAAUUGCCAGGUCGUACAAUGGAAUUCACGUUUGAUUUAUCACAAACUCCAGUGAUUGGACGUCGGUUUUUAAUUAAGAAUGAUGCAAAUACUUGUACUGCUACCGAUACAAAUACAACAACGUCAACAACUACAAGUGCAAGCAAUAAGAGUACCACAAAUACAAGUACUUGUGUUGGUUUAACACCACCUACUAACACUAACACAACAUUGACAUCUCCACGACGAUCGGUAUCUUUGUCACCUGCGGAUGCUGCAACAAUAGCUGGUUGGAAACGUCCAUGGAUGUGUCAAAGUCGAGUUCGAGAAUGUUUAGUUAAUUUAUUAACAACAUGUGGACAGCGUGUUGGUUUACCAAAAAGUCCAUCGGUAAUAUUCAGCCAAAGUUCAGAUCUAAUGGAACGACAAUCAAGUAUGGCAUCAAGUACAGAAGAAGUAUCUGGUACAAAUAAUGAUUUAAGUGGUGGUUCCAGACGUGAUGACGCUACCACAGAACAGUUUGGUGUAUUUAAAGAUUUCGAUUUCUUAGAAUACGAAAGUGAAAGUGUCGAGGGUGAAAGUACGGAUAAUUUUAAUUGGGGCGUUAGGCGUCGUCCUUUAAGUGAAGGUGAUAACCAUGGUUCACAACAGUUUGGUGAAGCACAUCAAUCAUCGUCAUCAAUACGAUUAUUAGAAGAUAGUAGCAGUAUUAGCGAAAAAACACCAAUAUUAAGUUGUAAGCGUAACAGCAAACGUGAUCGUGAACGUAAUUUAAUGGGUACAAAUGCAAGUGGUAGUAUAUUACUAUUACAUCAUCAACACGACGAUCAAUCGUCUGAUGACGACAUUGGAUCUGAAUCACCAUUAGACGAAGUGAUGCCAAGUGCUAUACAACAAACAGCAAUCGAUUUUACACAAGGUGCAACUGGUAUGAUAGGUCAAAGUUCAAGUGCUAAUAGUGGACAACAUGUACAGCAUUUACAACAACAUUCGGUUAUACCAUCAUCAUUAAGUUUACAUCAUCAUCAUCAUCAUCGUGGUUGUGGUGGGGGAGGUAGUAAUACAAGUGUUGUUGGAGGCACAAAUGAACAAUUACAUCAUCAUAAUUCAUCAUCAUCAUCACAACAUCAUCAUCAUCAUCGUCAUCAACAUCAUCAUAGGACAAGACAUGAUUCGAGUACUAGAUCUGAUACAUCAGGAUCGAGUGCAGGUGAUUUGGGUGAUGUAACACCAUGUAAUGCGUCACCAAAUCUAUCAGGUAUUAUUGGUUUUCGACCUAUUACUAGAGAUAGAGAUGAUAUUGAAGAAUUGUGGCGACAACAAUUACGUGCAUUAUUAACUAAUACACCAUCAAAUACAUUAGAAUUGUUUCAUCAAUUAUAUCGAUUAAUUCGUGAUGUGGAAAAUAAAACAAUAAUAAUGACUCGUGAGUCAUGUCAUUAUUUAAAUACAUCAAUAAGUAUAAAUAAUGAAGGAGCAAUCACUUUAGGUACAUAUUUACAAAGUGUUAUCGACAUGUUAACACAAUCAACUACACACUAUGAGCCACUGAUCGUAUGGUUUGAUCCAUUAUCGAUAAUCAAUACACGCUUAGCUGAUAGUUUACGUUUUUGUUUAUUAGAGAUACAAGAACAUUUAGAAACAUUUUUUGAUCGACAAGAUCAUGCGGUUGAAUGUAUGGAUGCAGUCAAAGCUUUCAGGAAAUUGGAUACACUUGAAUUGAGUGAACAACAUGAUAGUGAAUUGUUAUUAGACCUUGGUAGAUCAAUAUAUAAAUUACAUUUUCAGUUAUUAUUAUUAAUAGAAACGUCACAUAAGAUGGCAGUUGCAUUACGAUUAGCUGCUAAAACUUCAUCUAUGCAAGAUUUAAGUAAUGAUAUUUAUCAAUGGCGUGCAAAAUUACGUAGUGCUGUUGAUGAAGUGAAUACAAGUAAUACACCACCGACAAGUCCUAGUCCAACAAGCAACACAUCAAUUGUAACAAUAACGAGUGAUAUUGAUGGGGAUAUUGAUGAUAUCGAAACAACAAUUAUUGAUUUGAUUCAAAAUGAGAAAUGGUUAACUGCAAUACAAUUAGUAAAACGUUAUCGUGAUAUAUUAGUUCAAAAUAAUAAUAUUAUAUUAGCAUUAUAUGAUCAUGAUGUUAUUAUAUUGUUAAAUUUAUAUUGUAAAUAUAUAAUGUCAACUAGACCAGGUGUUUAUAUCAUUUGUGGUGGACAAGAAUCCGAACUUGUACAAUUAUAUAAUAGAUUUUAUAUUGUAUCAACAGCGAUUCAACAAAUGGAAAUUAAUUUAAAAGAAAAACAAAAUACUACCACAAAUAAUAGAAAUAUUGUUACCAGUACGGAAGUUAUUGUUCAGUCUAGCGUUCCUGCUAGUGCUAGUGGUGAUAUACCAACGGAGUUCUCCAAGUGAUUACUGAUUAUUGACUGAUUAUUUUAGUUUUAAUUUCACAACAUUUUAAAAAAUAUAUA